AUGCCUCUUCCCCCACAUCAGGUCUACUCUGAGGAACUCGGGGGUGCCUUCAGACGAGGCCAUCCUAUCGCCGACCCUCAUCCUGGCAUCAGAGAUGGGGUGCUCAUGCGCCCUGUUAGCAUCGGGGACGUCGGAUACAUUCAUCCUACCGGUGGUGAUUUCAUCCGACUAUUCAACGUACAUCUUGAGCCCGGAGUCGAUGGCCAGCCUGAUAUCGACAGUCUCCCCGACGACUUUCACCUACCCGUCCGAGACAUCAGGGUCAAACCAAAUAACACGACUGUGUGGGUGUCGAAGAACGUGACGCGAAAAGGAGCAAGCGCUGAAGUCUCAGGUCCUUUUUUCGGCGGAUCAGCGAAGUUCGAAUCCAGCAGUGAGCGCGGCGCCAUUCUUGCCACCCCCGAUCCUAUAGACUGCUCCGACGCGCUCCACAUCCUCAGUUAUAAGUUGCACGCAGAACGCAAUUUCAAGCGCUGGGUUCAAUAUGCGCGGGAUAACGGGCAUGAUAUCGUGCUUGAUGACUUGAUACUGGUCACCGGUGUCGAUCACACCACCUCUUGGGCGACUGCGGUCUUCACUGAUACUAGGCUGGAGGCCGGCUUCGGUUUGAACGUCCAGUUUGCCAACGCAGGAGCUGGUGUACAAUUGGCUUGCGACUACUCCUGGCAAAGCACGUCCAGCGCUCUCGUCAAUUCGGGCCCCACUCCUAUGCGUCUGAAUGUACCAUCAGGCGUUCUGGGACCGAGUGCUUCCGCAAUCAACUCGACACUGCCCGAGACCGCAACCUCCGACAACACCGAGCGCCGACCCAUCAACACGGUUUGCAACCAGUCACUCUUCAUACGACAUCUUCGAGCAAAGAGCCGCCCACCUUGGCUUGGGAUUCGUAUCGAAGCAAAUGGUCGAAAGCAGAGAGACGAUCGUAACGAGGAUGACGAUGGCCCUAGUGGCGGCGACAUCUCCAGUCCCGAUAGCAUGGUGAUCACGAGCUCUCCGGAGCGACGUGCGUUCGUGAACUAUCUAAACCCAGUCCUUGAUCACAUUCUCGAUCAUUCGGAUGCAGAUUUUGCCCUCGCGCACGAUGAAGAUCUAGCUUUACUACCUGCUUCCGAUUCAGCAGAGUGUGUCGUCGUGGUCCGCAACGGCGUUGGCACGAUACAGAAAGCCCCAACCCCUGUAUCCGGUUCGGCGAUGGAGGUCGAUGAAAUCAUGGUAGAAAGCCUCACUCGUCCCGCAUCAAGGGCAAGCUCAGCGCAAGAUACCCUCGUCGAUGAGCCAGUGGAAGGAGGAGAGCCAGGGAAUGAUUCUCGUUCAACAUGGAUAUCUUCUAAAGAAGACAUAGACUGGAGAGUCCGCGUUCUUGACAAGAUCACAGAGUCGAAGACCAUCGGAGGCUCUGGAUUAGAUCAAUCUAAGAGUGAGGACACCACUAACACACAAGAGAACGCCUGGAACUUGGGCCAGAAUAAUGCGCCAAUGGGUCAGACACCCCGUCAACGCCGCCGCAGUGCGGCGCUGUCGUGUGCCGAGUGCAGGCGGCUGAAGCUCAGGUGCAGCCGCGUGUUUCCGUGUAACAGCUGCGUCAAGAAAGGCUGCGCUCACAUUUGCCCGAACGGAUCACUUACUACUGGACAGGGCAACAGAUUCAUCUUGGCGAAUUCAGAAGUCCUGCACGAUAAAAUCCACGAACUUGCGGCGCGCGUACGACAGCUGGAGGAUGCGCUUCGCGAAAGCCACUCAUACGUCUCGAAGGACCGACAUCCACUCCUGACUGACGAGCUCCUGCAGAUUAAAAGACCCCUAGAACAUGGAACUAGAGACGAGGUACCGUCAGCAAGCUCCGAUACCCUCGAAGUCAUACCAGAGUCUGGUGAAGAGGCGGAGGACACUUUAGAUGCAGUUGGGUCACUUGUCAUCUCCGACGAUGGCAAGGCUAAUUUCUUUGGCACUACGGCCAACGCUUGGUACUACCUUCAAAAUGAAGGCGGCGAUGAAGACGCGACUAACGCGUCGGACAACCAACCAUGGCUUAGUCGCACGUUCCCUUUUGCGCUCACUGUCAGUGAGACCGUAGACCAGAUUCGCGCAGAACUGUGGAACAAUCUCCCCGGCGAAGACGACGCACGGCAACUCGUCGAGAACUAUUACCUGUUAGCUGGCUGGAUGUACCGUCCUGUCGAGCCGGACGAUCUUUGGGUGAACGUCUUCAACCCUGUAUACCGAAUGACGUCAGACGAUGUCUACGACGCAGAACAGUCGCACCGUAUCGCGGUCUUGUACCUCAUGUUUGCGCUCGCAGAGCUGCUCAACCUUGAACGCACACCGUACUCGAAGGAAGCAGACUUUUAUUACAAGCUCGCCCGCACAGCGCUGGCCGUAGACUCGGUUCUUGAAGAACAGAGCGUCCAGGCGAUUCAAGCUCUGGUGCUCAUGUGCCAUUACAUGUUCUUCGCGGAGAUACACGGGCCACGAUGGACUCUCAUGGGCCUGGUUGUGAAGCUCGCACAAUCCAUGGGUCUUCAUCGGGACAGUUUGAGGUGGAAGAUGGGCGAAGACGAGGCGAAGAAGCGGCGAGCGCUCCUCUGGGAGGUGGUCUCGUACGACUCCUGGCAGAGCUUGACCUAUGGGAGGCCGCCGUCCAUGUCGAUGGUCCAUGUCGACUCCCAGUUCCCCGAAGCGCCGUUCAAGAACGAGCGCGGAGAGACGGACAUGUCGUUUGACAUGUGGAAACACCGGUUCGUCGAGAACGUACAGACCCAGGUGCACGAUCUGGUGUUUUGCGCGAAGCCGGCGAGCUACAAGGUUGUUCUGGAGCUCGAUAACAAAGUCCGCAAGUUCCCCUUUCCUCCGACGCUCCAGAUUGCGGGUUUCGGUGGGCAGCACGUCGAUAAGGAGCCACCUCCGGUCACUCGUGUCAUGCAACGAUACAUUGCCCAUGUCUUUUGGGAAAUGACCAUCUUUUACAUGCACCGCGGCUUUUUCGCUCGUGCGAUCGAAGACUCUACGAAAGAUCCAAUCAGCCACAAGUACUCGCAGUCUGUUCUAGCGGCAACCACGAGUGCCUGCACGUUUGUCUCGUUAAUUGAGAGCCUUUUUUCUCAAUAUCCUCGCAUUACGGAGCGCAUGUGGUUCUUGUUCACACAUGUAUUCUCCUGCGCUGUCGUACUUGGAUCGGUCGCCAUUAAGUGCCCGCAGCACUUCCUUGCCCGCAACGCGCUCGUGCAUCUUGACAAGGCCAUUGCCAUGUACGAGCACGUGCUGACCCCGAACGCUGCGAAGGUGCUUCCUGUAUUGCGCAAGCUGCGAGAGCGCGCGGUCGAGGCAAAAGGUUCACCUUUGCGUUACACCAUUGGUCACAAUGAAGACAGCGAACGCCAGGACGAAGAACUCGCGGUCCUAGGUGGCAAGACCCGCUUAAUAUCGCGAAGCAAGAUUGGCCCUACCUUGACUUCGCCUGCCGCCAUCACACCCUCCUCACAGACAGUAUCACCGUCGGGACAGGGCUCCACCGCAUACUCGCUCCGGAGCGCACCAGGAUACUAUGUGCCUCAGAGUGCCUCGGCAUCGCCCGAUCACCAGCAGCGCGACUCUCAGCCUCGACAGCUCCCUCAGCAGGUCGGGUCGCAGCCGAUGGCUUGGAAGAGCGGAUAUGAGCAAAAUGCUUCAUCUGAUCAGAUGCAGUAUGGGCUUUCGAGCAUAUACGACCAGACCACAGCCGGUAUCCCGCAGAUUAACGGCCAGCCUUUUGUCACACCUGGAGGCUCACGGCAGCAUUCCGAUCACAACUACGGCAGCUUCCCGCAACAGCUUGAACAGGGCCAGGUGUUUGAUGGCCAGGACCAGGACUACGAAGCACAUGCGGCUCUCGCGUCCGGGUCGUACUUCACGAGUCCUGCAACAGCUUCUGAACCAGAUUCUCAUUGGAGAGCGUUAUAUAGCCAGUGGGCGCCGGAGUGA